GUUCCAGAAGCUACAGACAAAGUUAUUGAAAUUCUUGAAGAAGGCAAACACCGUAUUAAACAAGAAGAAACAGACCUAGCCAUAAUUGCGUGCAGUUUACUUUCUGAUGAGGCCACAUCCGCUAAGAGACUGAAUAUUUUCAGUAGCCCAGCUGAAAGGUUACAAGGGGAGUCGGAUCAAAUAGGCAAUACAGGAAUAAAUUCUCAUUUUAGCAAUGUCUCACCACAAUCAUUGAUCAAGGUAGGUCAGGAAUCACACAUUUCAAGUACAUCUCCAUUUCCUGUGAGAUUAAAAGACAUUGGAAAUAGUGCUGUGUCCAGUCAUCGGGUCGAUGAUAGCGAUUUAAAUUUUGUGAAGCUUUCUGAAGUUGAAGUUCAGUCAAGAAGUGGUGCACCCAUGAUCGGCCAGUCGCAUAGGAC